UUUCCAUCUCAGUCGUACGUUUUUUCUUCCGCUUCCCAAUAAUUGUCAUUCGCCAUCGAAGAACCAGAAGAAGGGAAACUCGAACAAUCCAAAGGGCCAUCCCUUCUGGGCUUGUUUGCUUCAGGAAGUGUAUGCCUUUGGAUUUCGAUAUCAGGAAUGAAAGCAAGAGACUGAUAUCAAAGAAGAAAUAUUUUCUCACAGGAGGGGCUCUCUGGUUUUCUUUCCUGCAAUCUGUUUUCCAUCGGAUUUUGUUGCUGAUUUUACAUUUUCCUAGGAAAAUCCUUGGAGUAGAUCUGAUUUUGCUUUCUGGGUCUUCCUUGUAUUGCAUGCAUGGGAGCAGUGGUUGUCUAGCAUGCCAUAGUAAGACCGCACUGAAAACCUCAGUGAAUGAGCCACCAAGAGGGUUAUUAAACGAAGGUCGGACUGUAAAGAAACCAAGCAUAUCAGAGGAUUUUUGGACCACCAGCACGUGGGAUAUGGACAACAGUGCAGUUCAGUCCCAGGGAAGCAUCUCAUCAAUCAGCACAAACCAGAUCCUUGAUCCACAUGGUGGCUCUGGCAGCAGUAGCACCCCUGCCGAAUUUGUAAAUCAUGGUCUUCUUCUCUGGAGCCAGACUAGGCACCUUUGGAUAGGGAAUAAAAAGUCUGACAGCCCGUCAAAGAAAAUUCGAGAACCCAAAUUAAGUUGGAACGCGUCAUAUGAAAGUUUACUUGGGAGUACAAAGCCUUUCCCUCAGCCUAUCCCUCUCCCGGAAAUGGUAGAUUUUCUCGUGGAUAUUUGGGAGCAAGAAGGGUUGUACGAUUGAGCGGCAAAGGUACUAGAGAUUUUUUAAGUAGGCUAGAAGUUGAUUCAAGUGUAUGUAACACUAUUACAAUCACUAUUACUUGCCUCCCAGAAAAUAGGAAGCAAUAGCAUGGCUUGUACGUGAUCAACUAUCACAUCAUUUUGUUCUAGGAUUUUAACUUCCGGGGCCUUUUAGACGCGCCCUUGUGUUGCAAUUCAAACUGAUUUUACAGGAA